CGCAUUAUCCCCUUCUGACAUCACAAGGGCAGACAAAUUUUACUGACCAAUUUUUUCACAUGCUUGCAGAGAAUGGUUUACAAAACUAAGUUACUGGGUUGUUCUUUUUCAUAUUUUCUAGGUUGAUAGAAGCACUGGGGACCCAAUUAUAGCACUUAAACAUGAUAAAAUUCAGAUACUCGUGAUAUGUCCCCUUUAAAUAUACAUCAUAGUCUUCAUCAUUUUAUAUCUGUCUGUCUUGUAGAAUACACAUACAGGUAUCCGGCAGAUGCCGGUGUGGGUUUACAAAAAAUCCCAGUCCAUCCAAUUGGAUACCCUUACAGAUCAACUGAGUUCGGAUUGCAGCUGCGCAGCUUGUGCGUCAGGGGGCGCGGGAGGUUCAGGAAUGCGACGCGAUGUUUUAGUUGGAAACAUGGGAGUGUUUAUAUCAAUUUGUUUUGUUUUCGGAGCAAUUAACGGUACACGUGUCCUGCCAAAGUAUUUGAAGUUUGGCUGACUGUUUAUAUAGUGCCAAACAUGGCGAUGGUGUCUUUCCAGCAGAUGGCGCUGUAGACCAGUGGACAUCAAAUAUCUGCCAAUGUUAUGCUUUUUAUGAUAUUCCCUAAAAUGUAGCUUUUGCAAACGUGUUUGUUACAAUGACAGUUCAUCAUAAUAAAUAAUUUAAUCACUUAAUAGACUUAAUAGCCAUUGGAAAUCAUAAAGCACCAUGGACUAUAUUAAUUCAAAUGCCCAUAUCUGACCUCUGCCCACCUCUGGUCUUUUAUACAUUUUUAUUUUAAGUCCUAAAACAAAUUUUUAUUUGUUACUUUAAGAUCAAUGUUUGUUUUUUAAUAUAAUUAUUGUUUCCAUAAAAGUACACAUGUCUGAUUUCCCUUCUAAAAAAGAAAAUAAAUAAUAAUUUACAAAUGCCAUCAAACAUAAGCUGUUUGCCAUUAAAACAUUACAAAAUUCCUUUAUGUAGUACUGUGUUUUGGCCCUUAUUCCAGUAAGAUUCAAUCGUGUCAUUCCCAUCCGAUAUCCCCAUCCCCAGUAGAAACGUACACAAACAAUCCAUGCAGGUUUCCAUUAAAACUUACUAUUGCCGUUAAAUUCACAAUAAAUAAAUUAUUAAUAGGAAUCAAAAUGUGCAUGACAUGUUGUACUUUUGUUUUUAUUGCCCAGGACAGGAUGUCUAUACUGCGCGUUGCCAAGCCGGGUGUUGCGUCGAUCGUAGGGGAGGCGCAUGACGCGAAACAUGACAAGCGUGCACGGGGCAAACCGGGUGUCAGACUCUCGCUAACUUGAAGAUCGUGAUCCGCAUUAUAAAUCGGACAGACCUGCGCCUCCAGUGAUGAUCGAGACUGAUCUACGGUCAGCGGGACAAAGUCACCGAUUAGUUUUGCGGUGCGUAAAGAACGAGCGUGCGAACUAACAAUGAGUUUAGCGCUGAGGAGCUGGAUGGCCAAUGAGGGACCCAAACAUUUCACUAUGAUGAUUUGGGUUGGCGUGAACGUCUUCCUGUUCUGGAGAACCUUCAUGCUGUACUACAGCGGAGCGCAGUAUUAUUAUUUGCACAAGAUGCUCGGGUUGGGUCUCUGCAUCAGUAGAGCAUCGGCCUCUGUGUUAAACUUCAACUGCAGUCUGGUCCUGUUGCCCAUGUGUAGAUCAGUACUGACAUUAGUGCGAGGGUCACAGCGGGUGAAUAGUAGACAGGUUCGCCGGUUGUUGGAUAGGAGUAAAAUGUUUCAUGUGGCUUGUGGAAUCACUAUAUGUGUCUUCUCAGUGAUCCAUGUGAGCGCUCAUCUCAUAAACAUGGUCAAUUUCUCUGAUAGAUAUUCUGAAGAUUUUCCUGAACUUAAUGUCGCUCAAUACAAGGGACAGGACUCCAGAAUCAUCAUCAUGAGCACAGUUCCUGGAGUUACCGGAGUUUUGUUGGUCAUAGUUUUGUUUCUGAUGUUUACAGCAUCGUCUUCCUGCAUCAGGGUGUCGAGUUAUGAAAUAUUUUGGUACACUCACAAUCUCUUUAUUGUGUUUUAUCUGAUUUUGAUUGUUCAUGCAGUGGGGGGAGCUUUAAAGUAUCAGGUAAACGUGGAGGCCCACCCACCCGGCUGCGUACACACGAACCUCAGUUCAGAUUCACCGACCAAUCCCAGAGCAGCAGGAGAGAACGAAACGCAGUCCGUCUGUCGAGAAGAUGCACGCUUUCAAUCCCAUUUCCCUCAGACGUGGCUGUGGGUCUCCGCUCCUCUCUGUCUGUACUGUGCCGAGCGCUUAUAUCGGUACAUUAAAAGCAUUGCUGAUCCUGUUACCAUCAUUUCUGUUGUCAGUCAUCCCUGUGAUGUCGUAGAAGUGCGUAUGUUAAAGAGCGGCUUUAAGCCCCGCCCCGGGCAGUACAUCCUGCUGAAUUGCCCGAGUGUGUCCUCGUUUGAAAAUCAUCCCUUCACUCUUACCACGUGUCCAACAGGGAAGAAUGCAACAUUUGGUAUUCAUCUCCGAGUGCUGGGAGACUGGACAUCGAAAUUUUCUCAGCAGCUGCUCGAACAGUCGGACAGCUCCGAGAUCCUUCCCAUGAUGCAUCAGAGGAGAUAUCCCACAGUGUACGUGGAUGGUCCUUUUGGCAGUCCGUCAGAGGAGGUGUUUAAUUAUGAGGUCAGCCUGUGUGUGGCGGGCGGGAUCGGGGUCACACCGUUUGCUUGUGUCCUACAAGCUCUCUUUGAAGAUUGGUGUCAGUAUAAGUUGAAGAGAUUAUAUUUCGUUUGGGUGUGUAGAGAUCUUCAGUCUUUCUAUUGGUUUGCUGAUCUACUGUGUGGACUUCAUGAGAGGUUGUGGCAGAACAAUCGUCCAGAUUAUCUGAAUAUCCAGCUGUAUCUCAGUGACUCUAAGGGAUUACAGAGCAUCAAUGAGGAUCAAUACCGUUUCCUGAGCUCCAGACUUCGUAUUGGUCGACCAAAGUGGAAACUUCUUUUCCAAGAGAUAGGAAGAGCCAAUCAGCAUAAAAGGGUCGGAGUGUUCUGCUGUGGACCUAAAGGUAUUUCUAAAGCAUUACACGGUCUGUGUAACUCAAACCCGUACUCACAAACUACGUUUGAGUACAACAAAGAGUCAUUCAGCUGAUGAUUCACAAAUACAUGAAUCAGUAAAAGCCAAAUAAUAAACCAAAGAAACUUCUGCUGAGGGAUGAAGAGCAGGAGGAAGACGUCUGCACUUGAUGGGCAUCAUCAUCAUCUUCAGCCGGUAACCAGUUUAAUGAUUUGCACAGUGCUGAAGAGUUUUCCUACAUGAGCAUGCCCUCAAUAAACCCUUAAAAUAGACAAUCAAAUGAUAAAAAUAAGACGAGGGUGAGAAAUGAUAACCAAACUUCACAUUUUGGAUGAAUUAUUGCUGUAUUACUUGAAGUCAUCCCGUCUGCGUUAUGUAUUAAACGCCAGGAGGUUUGGUGUAAAAUGUAUUUAACUCAUUCUUGGACUAUGUUUUGCUCUUCUAUUUAUUAGCUUUUGUUUUUACUAUUGUCAUAUUUCACAUAUAAUGUUUUCAUGUAUUACAAUUAUUUUUUUUUGUUCAGAUUUCAGGUGAAGCACAAAAAUUGUUUACAUUUUUUUAAAUGUAACAUUUAAUAUGUUUUGAGUCCAAAAUCAACUGCACUGUUAUUUGAUAACCACUGCCAAAGAUUUUAUUCAAUCUUUAUAUUUUUCAUAUAACUUUGUAUGUGUUUUAUGCAUAAAGAUACAGUACACGUGUGUCACAGUGAAGACACAAACACAAAAAUUAUCAUUAUUAUGGAGUACAGAGAUGAAACUUCAGCUAUGUUCAUAAUGAAAUACUAGCUAAAAAAAGUAUGCAUAUUGUAUACUAUUGUAUACAUUGCUUAUUGUAAUAAUACAGUAUGUUGUUUUGUAUUUGUUAUCCGAUCACCUCAUUGCAUUCAGUUCAGUGAGUAUUACUGCAAUUUUACUCCAAAUAUUAAUAAAAAAGUCUGAUCAAAGUGUCUCAGAUAACACAGUCGAUAUUACUUUGAUUAUAUUAAUAUUAGUAGUAUUCCUUGUUUAUAGACAGUUUGCAUACUGCUUACAAUAUCCACGGUCAAAACCUGUAAUCCCUGAGUUGUCAAAAGAUUAAUCGCGAUUAAUCACAUACAAAAUAAAAGUUUGUUUUUGCAUAAUA